ACAGUGCUCCCUUGUCCACCUGCCAAGAAGACGGACGAUCCUCAAGGUCGUUGCUGUGGUUUUCCUUUUGUGUAUAAAGGGAUAACUUACCAAUCUUGUACCAAGGUCGGUUAUCACAGAUUGUGGUGUUCAUUAGACGAAGGAGAGUACAAAGGACAGUGGGCUAACUGCGGUAAGCAAUAAAAAUUACAAAUUCAGCAGUUUUGAAUACCCAGAGAGGUUUUUUGGAAAUAAUUGUUAUCAAAAUUGGCCAGUUGUAGGAAACAAAAUAGCAUUCAACGCUAACCUUUCACAACAUCACAACAUCAACAACAUAUCAAUAGUUGACAGUCAACUAAAUGUGUUUGGUUUCCCUCAGCGAAAAACAAAAUGUUCUCUAGACACCAAUCAUUACCUUUGAUGUGUCAACAGCACUUAAAUACCUUUGCAUAUUUCAUUUACUAAGAUAAAGCCCUUCAUGUUUAAGGUAAUUUUCUGUUUGGAAAAAGUUCUACUUAUCUCAACAAAUGAAUAACCGAGGCCCCCUAAUGCAAAGUUUUGUUAUGAACCUUAGUGAACCCGUGCACAGACAACCCUUGCCAAAAUGGGGGAGUCUGCACUGUAACUGGAGAUGACUCUUACUGCUGUGAAUGUACCGACGGAUAUGAAGGACAAAAUUGUGAAGAAGGUAUAGGCACGAUAAGUAUAGUCGUUUCAGACAUUUUUUGCGAAUAGAGACUACUACUUUGCCAAUCGUAAUGGACUACUACUCUGCCAAUCAUAAUUUUUCAUUCGCAUAGUGAGCUCCUGCAAAUCACAUAGAUGUAAAAAUAGUAGAACAUCCACAAUGACGGGUCUUGAUUCAUUCUCAUACACUUGCACUGACGAGUUUAAAGGAGACGCCAGCAAAAAGCGUGAAGGAAUUUUAACAGUGCAUCAGCUAUGUUAAGCUAAUGCUUUUGUGCACGUGUAGAUUGAUUUAAAAAGAACGUGACACAAUUAUUGUGAUUCCUCUACAGUGCUCCCUUGUCCACCUGCCAAGAUGACGGACGAUCCUAAAGGUCGUUGCUGUGGUUUUCCCUUUGUGUAUAAAGGGAUAACUUACCAAUCUUGUACCAAGGUCGGUUAUCACAGAUUGUGGUGUUCAUUAGACGAAGGAGAGUACAAAGGACAAUGGGCUAACUGCGGUAAGGAAUGAAAAUUACAAAAACUGAGCAAUUUUGAAUACCUAGAGGGGUUUUUAGGAAACGAUUGUUAUCAAGAUUGGGUGGCUGUAGGAAACAAAACAGCAUUCGACGCUAACCUUUCACAACAUCGAUAAUCUCUUUUCAGCAUUAUGAAAGAGUUUGUUUUUCUCAUAAAAUCUAGGCCACUGAUCAUAAAAACAAGCGAAGUUUCUGAUUGUGCUGAUAUGGAGAGUUAAACGAGAACUGGUUUAGAACUGGCUAUCAAUUCUCUCUGCUACUCACCGAGUUUGUGUUGACUUAAAAAACAUUUAUUGAGUGGAUUUUGCUUACCCUCUUCAGUAAGACCUGCAAGGGGAAGUACAAAUGCCAAAUACCAGAAAAAUACUUUUUUAAGAGCUUUAGUUUGUGAUUUGUUCAUAUGCCAAUAUUUCAAAAUAAUCUAUUGGCAGUUUUAUUUGAUAGUCCACUAGGUGUGUUUGGUUUCCCCUAGCGAAAAACAAAAUUUUCUCUAGACACCAAUCAUUACCUUUGAUGUGUCAACAGCACCUAAAUAUCUUUGCAUAAUUCAUUUCCUGAGAUGAAGCCCUUCAUGUUUAAGGUAAUUUUCUGUUUGGAAAACAAAUCCACUUACCUUAACAAAUGAAAAACCGAGGCCGCCUAAUGAAAAGUUUUGUUAUUAACCUUAGUGAACCCGUGCACAUCAGACAACCCUUGCCAAAAUGGGGGAGUCUGCACUGUAACUGGAGAUGACUCUUACAGCUGUGACUGUGCCGACGGAUAUGAUGGACAAAAUUGUGAACAAGGUACAGGCACGAUAAAAAUGGUCGUUUUAGACAUCUUUUGCGCUGCCAGUCAUAAUGUUUCAUUUCCUUAGUGAGCCCCUGUAAAUCGCAUCCAUGUAAAAGUAGUGGAACAUUUACAAUGACAGGUCUUGAUUCAUUGUCAUGCACUUGCACUGACGAGUUUGAAGGAGAAAGUAAAAAAUGCCAACUACCAGAAAUACUGUUUUUAAAGAUUUAGUUGGGAUUUGUUCAUAUGCCAAUAUUUCAAAAUAAUCUAUUGGCAGUUUUAGUUGAUAGUCAACUAAGUGUGUUUGGUUUCCCCCAGCGAAAAACAAAGUUUUCUCUAGAUACCAAUCAUUUACUUUGAUGUGUCAACAACACUAGUACUUAAAUACCUUUGCAUAUUUCAUUUACUGAGAUAAAGCCUUUCAUGUUUAAGGUAAUUUUAUGUUUGGAACACUAAUCCAUUUACCUAAACAAAUGAAUAACCAAGGCCGCCUAAUGCAAAGUUUUGUUAUGGAUCUUAGCGAACCCAUGCACAGACAACCCUUGCCAAAAUGGGGGAGUCUGCACUGUAACUGGAGAUGACUCUUACAGCUGUGAAUGUGCCGACGGAUAUGAUGGACAAAAUUGUGAACAAGGUACAGGCACGAUAAAAACGGUAGUUUAAGACAUUUUUUGCGCAGAGACUACUAAUUUGCCAAUCAUAGUGGACUACUACUCUGCCAAUCAUAGCGUUUCGGAAUAAAGCAAUGGUGUGUAACUUUCGAGCUUUUCCAAAAAAUCGCGGCCCCUUAACCUCGCCGAUUUGGCUGAAAUUUGGCCUGAUUUUACAGUCCUAACCACGAAAUGGGCAUUAAAACGUUCUUGUUGUUUCUGCUUGGUAUUUCCAAUGUUACCUCGAUACCUCGAUCCAGAAGUGCCAUUUACUUUGGACAAUGUUUGUUCACAGUACUUAUUUCGUCCCGAAUGAGAUCAAAUUCCGGAAGUUUUCCGAAUAUUAUGGAGGUAACUGUUGAUUUUAGGCAAAAGCAAAUAUCUCUGCGCGGCAUUACCGCAAUGGGAUAAAUAUUGAUUACCCAAUGAAUGUAAAAACUCGAUCAGGCAUUAACGCUCGGAAUGGUUGAUUUCGCCUACCGUUUUGAGAACGAAAAUUUUUGAAAAAGGAAAGAUUCCCAUGAAUUCCAACCAAGUUCGUUUGGUGGUGAUUGGUGAUUUACUCAAAUCUGAUGCCUGUAAGCUACACUUCGCAGUUGAUCCUACUUGUCACGCCAACGGUUUAGAUAUUUGGUAAAUUACAUCAUGUUUUUGAGUGGGUCUUAAUUUCGUUUAUGUUGUUAUGGUAUGUUUAAAUAUUUUUAUCGGUAUAAAGAAAAUCCAACCUUUCGGGAUGCUUCCUUGCAAUUAUUUUUCUUUUUUUCACUAAAGAUGAGCGCAAAAUGAGUACAUGAGCGCUCUCACGAAGGACAAUGACAUGAAUUGAGUGUUGUUUGAAAUAAACAUCACCUUGUUGGAAUGCGCACGUAAUCACUACUUCAGUUUACUCUAAGAUCUAUUUUACUUUGAGAGACUAUUCGUGAAGGAUAUUUUCUAAAACUCCUUUCCAUGGGUCUAAACUAGCUUAACACCUAGUCUAUAUGAAAAACGGAACAACGAAUUCGAAUUAAAUCCUCAUUCAUCACUGAACUGUCGGUUGUAGCGAAAACGAAGACAUCUAUGACACAGAAACUAAGAAACCAUAUUUCAUUUAUUUUUUGGUGGUAAAGAGAGAGGUAAAGAAGUGGCAUAGGUACGAUGCAUGUCGUUUUUUUAGCUUGAUAAUGGUAACAAGUUCGUAAUGUGUUCUCCUUAAAUCGGUCAGUCCAAUCAUGACUUUAAGUUUUACUGAGUGCCGUGUUUUGCAUCUCAUUUUAGUAACAAAUACCAACCCCUGACACAGACUUUUUCAAAAAGGGAGUAUAUGUAGACCAAGACCAAAAAGUAACGCAACAUAUAAAUUCGAAGCUUCAACAUCCCCUUCCCCGGGCAACCGACGGGUAUUUUAUUGUCGUCGGUGCCCAGGGAUAGGAAAUUUGAACCUUUCCUGACUGGGGUGGCGAAUUUGAGCCGGAAAUGUCAAGUAUUUACAGCGGAAUACACGUGUUUUGUCGUAAAAUGUGAAGAGAGUUAAAGACUUCAUUUUCGCGAGCGAAUGUCUCAGAAGUAAAGGUCUACAAGGUCUAGAGUUCUAAAGCUUGGUAAAUAAGUAGAAAGUCACGGUCACUGAGUUUUCCUUUUUGAAAAAAAUGAGCUUGGGUAGGGCAUUUGAACAUAAUUUUGGCCCCGAGGACGAGAAUUUGAAGGAACUAAUUUCAAGGAUUUAAAUACCGGGUGGGGCGGAAAGGGAGUUGAAGUUUCGAAUUGAUCGACGCAUAAGCAUGAAAUUUGUCUCAGUGCCUACUCUAGCCAAAAUGAAAUUGAAUUUCGCUUCUCAAAGGAGCAUCAACGACGUUCGGGCUUUAUGUCUCGAGUAUACCGUAAAUUAACAAUUGGUUCAUACGUCAGCGUGCGUUCAUCGAGAUAUGAAGCACGCGGGAAGUCUGGAGAGCACGAAAGAUGUGUAAGAGUUGCUCGAGGCGUAGCCGAGAGCAACUCUAGCGUCUAAACUAAUUUCUUUUUUUAGUAAAAUCCUAAAGUAAAAAAUCGCGGAGAAAUUUUUUUUCUCGAGGGAUUUGUUUGCUGACGUCAUGAGCGUGCACAAUAGGAAUAUGAAGCACGCUCACGCAAUUGAAUUUGAGUAGACAAAUUUACUAGCUAUGUUAUGAAGGGAUUUACAAUCGCUCGAGGCGAUGGUAUGUCCGAAACUAUCUUCAGCAAACCUCGAGAAACCACACUUGACCAACAUUAUUCUAGAGCAUUCUCUUCGCAAAGAGCUAGGAAAUAAACUGAAGUAAAGAGGGAAAUUGAUCACUAAAAUAAUAAGUUUGGCUAUCUGUUAAAAACGACAAACAUUUCCAAUAUUGUAGCUCAAUGAUACCAACAGAUUUUGCUACAAAAUCAAAACAAAUUUCAAUUUUCGUACUUGUUGUGGGCAACAUUGUAAACGAAGCAUGAAGGACAGUAAAAUAAUACAAAAAAAAUUACCUUGUCCAAACAGGAUCCUCAGAUAAAGCAAUAAAUUUCCAUUUUCAGGCUCAAGAAUAAACUUGAUUGCCUGUACAUUCCCACCAGUUCAAGUCGAUGUCUAUCCCCAACCAAAUUCCGUUUCGUGUGUGCGGCCAGUGCCAGAGUGUAUUACGUUGGCAUUUAAAGCUUACUUUUGGUAUAAAUGCAAAUUAUUCUAACGGACUUGCCAAAAGGUUGGGGUUUUUCUUAUGCUGUAAACUUGAGGAAAUGGCAAAAUACCCCUGUUUCAAACAUGAUGAAUUCGCAUUUGCGCGACAAGUAAGUACGGUAUUGUUAAUCUUAAGUUUGCUGCGAUUUAAGUCAAAUAAAUGACCAGCUGCUAUCACCAAUCAUCAAUAUAUCAGAAUAAGAAUGCUUCUUUUCCAAAAUCCUUUGUUCUCAAAACGUUUAAUUAGCUACCAAAAGUCAUCCCAUUGCAACAAUUUUGCUUGAACAUCAUUACAAUAUAGUAAAUUAAAACAUAUUUCCAAUAUAUUAGGAAACUUUUUGGAUGAUAAAUGUACUUAAACCGUUUUCUUCUGAACGUUGAAUUGAUCUAAGAGCUGUUAGGACCACGCCCAAACAUAGCCAGGUCAUUACGGGUUGAUAAUUUUUUUCCUUCACUGUUUCAUUUCCCCAAUUUUUUUAUUAAUGAAAUCUGUUCAUCUAUAGACAAACGUUGUUUAAAGUAAAUGGUAACCCCUGGAUCGAGGUAACACUGGAGAUGUUAGGUUACUAAGUUGGGGUAAAUUUUUCACUGUUCAAGGUGGCCUAAAGCCACCCUAAAAUGUUGGAAUCAUCUGUUAGUAAAACCAGACAUUUGCCAUAUGUUUUAAAAUAAAUUUUAUGAGGAAGGAAAGAUCGUUUUAUAGAUAUCACGAGAUUUCAAGAAAUCUUUACGAUAGGACUCGAGUUGAAUUUAAAAGAUCACUUUCGAUGCGCUAUAUUGAUGGGCAUGUAUGGGCAAACCAAGUGCACUUUCCCGUUUUUUUGUCAUGCAAAAAUAACUGGAAGUUUUUGAUAUCCAUUCCGUGAUUAGGACCCUAAAGCAAGACUUCAUGCCAAAUUUCAGCCAAAUCGAUGAAAUGAAGUGGCCGACGAAAGUUCGAAGGUUACAGACUAUCGCACUUAAUAGCCCUCAAAACGUAUCUUUCACCAAAGCAAACAGGAUGCCGACAAGUUUUUUACUUACUUUAACAACUGUUAAAUUCAUUUUGGAAUCUCUCGGCUGACAAACCUCAGAUACAUUUUUACCACAGAUCAAAUCCUCUUCUAACCAUGCAUCGUUUAAUCCCGUUUGCCUUCAAAGUAGGAUUCGGAGUAUUUCCACAAGAAUCAAGGAUUCACCCAGAUUAGUUUUUUUCAGUCCUUAUGUUUCUGCUGAGACCUUGGGUGGAAAUUUUUAACAAUAUAUAGCCAUACAUGUACUAAAAAAGUCGGAAUUCUCGUUGGACAGAUGCUUUCAUCCAUCUGUUUGUUUGUUUUUUCCACCAGACCCGGACUCAAGUUUUUCCCCAAGAGUUGAGGGUUCACCAAUAUUUUUUUUCAGUCCUAUAUGUUUCUACCGGGACCUGAGGUGGAAAUUUUGAACAAUGCAUAGCCAAACAUAGACUUCAAAAGUCAGACUUUUCAAUUUACAGAUGUUUUCAUCCAUAUCUUUGUUUGUUUUUUCCAUCAAAUUCGAGCUCAACAUUUUGGCCCAUUGACUUCUUCCAAAUUCUUUUGUUGUAGUCGCCUGGAAAUCUGAAGGAUGUUUCACGGAGCACAAGAAGAAAGCGAAAAUGGUCCUCAAAAGAAAAAUCGCUACCGUUGGUGGAAAGAAACUAAGCAUUCAGGAUGUAUUUGAUGAGUGCAAAAGUGCAGCGGAGAAGAAAGGUUUCAAGAUUUUUGGUAUUCGGGUGAGUACAAAAGAUUUUUUUAACUUAGCCUAACAUUCAUAGGACUAUUUAAGUGGCCCGAGACUUCCCCAAAAUUCAACGCUUGGUAGUAGUUGUGUGAGAUAUCCGACUCAGUCGAAAGAAACACUCGGUUGUAUGGGUAUAAUCAAAAUGCAUUACACUUUUCAUGGCUACUGCCUCCUAUGGAGGCGAAGCCAUAUUGUUUUCCUGUUGAGUGAGUGUGGGUAACGAAGUCUGCCGAAUUUUACCUGAUAUUCCUCGCUCUUGACUUUUGUUUGUUUCGGAACAUCUUCGAUCGUUCAACUCCUUGUGACGAUUUCUUCGAAUCGCUUCGAAUGUUACACGGAAUAUUAUCGGGUGAUCAUACUGUUUUUCGGUACCAAGUUAUUGUUUGUCUCGUAGUGUACUACAGAAGACGAUAAACAUCUCACAAUCAUUUCAGGAUGGCACGUGAGAAAAGAAAGCUUUACCUUGCAGAAAUGUCCAAAAAGGACUGAUCGGCGCAUCAUGAAAAUUUAGAGGAAAAAUUUUUUCUAUAAAGAGAGAAAAUUUUACUGUUUGAAUCAGCGAAUUAUUCCCAGUAGAUCUGAAUUUUUCCAGUUCUAACUGUGACACCACAAAAGAUGAUAAACACCUCAAAAUAAUUUCACAGUGGCGUCUCCGGCACGUAAUUGAAAAAAAAAAGAAAAGACUUUUUCCUUGCAGAAAUAUCUAAAUAGGUUUGAUCUGCACAUCGUGGAAACUUUGAAUACGAAAACUGUACUUACCCGAAAGAAAGAGAUCAAUUUACCAUUUCAAUCAGCUACAAAUGCUCAAAAGAGCAGCUAAAGUUGCGAAGCGAGCAAGGUCCGAAAUAGGACACGUUAAGUUCAUCAGGAUGACGCCAUUCGAUGGAAUGAUGGAAUAGUGGAAUGGCGGAAUAUUCUACAACACAGAAUGCCUUAUUGUAUGAAACAAAAGUCGCACAAAAAAUAGAAUUGCAAUGAAAUGAGAAAAUGAUUUAUAAUUACCUGGCAAAUCAAUCUUGAAAGAAGGCUAGUUUAAUCAUUAUAGGAGCCAAGGGAUAGACCGACAGAGGAAUAGUCAGGUUCUUGAGCUAGCCCCUAUAAGUUAUUAUUACUAUUACUUUUGUUAUCAUCAUCAUCAUUAUUAUAAUUUUUAUAAUUUUAUUAUUAAUAUGAUAACUUGUUACCAUUUCAUUAGUAGUUGAGUAUCAAUUAUUCCCUAUAUUCUUGAAUCAUCUUUCUCUUGUGGAACAAGGCUCUCAUAAGGAUGUGGGAUGCUGCACGUUUUCCGUUUUGCAUGCGAAACAAAUCUUCUGCAACGCUAUCUCAUCACCAUACAACCCCUGGUUCUUUUCAAUGCUACAAUAAAUUGUGCUAUAUCAGUAGCCAUAUGUAGUCUUAACGGCCUAUUUUUUUAUGUUUGGUUUGUAGUGAUCACUUUCAAAACGUUGCAAAUGCGAUUUUAACUCGCAAGGUAGAAUGUAAUCUUGAUUGCCAACCACUUUUACUCUUCUUCUCUGUCUGUUGUACAGAACAGAAAUAAGUGUUUCACAACAAGUGAUGGAAAAGUGCAGGAGUUUAAAAAGUAUGGAGUAUCAUCCAAAUGCAAAAUAGAUGACAACGGCCUUGGUGUUGGAAUGAAACUCGCCAACUUUGUCUACACAAGGUAUCUUUGA